GUAAAAAAAACAAAACUUGUUUUAUUUGUCAUCUGAAGGCCUCCCCUUCCUGAGAGCUCCAUGGAGAAGAUGAAGCGGUUCAAGCGACGUCUCACUCAGACUCUACGAGGCAGCCACUCCAUCGACGAGUCUCUGUCUGAGCUGGCUGAGCAGAUUACGAUAGAGGAGAACGGGCUGAAGGACAGCGAGCCCAUAGUGAGGAACGGCCGCCCUGCUUCGGCCCACAGCGUCCACUCUUUCCUCCAUCAGUACUCGGGCUCAUUUAAGAAGCCGCCGAUGCGACGGCCUCAGAGUGUCAUCGGGGGAGGCCUGGGUUUGGUCAUGCCUCGCAACGGCAGCCGCCUUGACAUUGUCCAUGAAAACAUAAAUAUGGGGUCAGACGGGGAGAGCGAUCAGGCGUCAGGGACGUCCUCCGAUGAGGUGCAGUCCCCCACGGGGGUCUGUCUGAGGAACAAAGGGAACAGACGCAUCUCUGCUGAGGACUUGAACAAACGUUUGUCUCUACCGGCCGAUAUCCGGAUACCCGACGGCUACCUGCAGAAGCUGCAGCUGAGCAGCCCGCCCUUCGAUCAGCCGCUGAGCCGACGUUCCCGCAGAGCAUCACUGUCAGAAAUCGGAUUCGGGAAGCUGGAGACGUACAUCAAGCUGGACAAACUGGGGGAGGGAACCUAUGCAACAGUUUUCAAAGGGAGGAGUAAGCUGACGGACAACCUGGUGGCGUUGAAGGAGAUCAGACUGGAGCAUGAGGAAGGGGCCCCGUGCACGGCUAUCAGAGAAGUGUCUCUACUGAAGGACCUUAAACACGCCAACAUCGUCACGUUGCACGACAUCGUCCACACAGACAAGUCUCUCACACUGGUGUUCGAAUACCUGGACAAAGACCUUAAGCAGUACAUGGACGACUGCGGGAACAUCCUGAGCAUGCAGAAUGUAAAGAUUUUUCUGUUCCAGAUCCUGCGAGGCUUGGCCUACUGUCACAGGCGGAAAGUUCUCCACAGAGACCUGAAGCCCCAGAAUCUGCUCAUCAAUGACAGAGGAGAGCUCAAGCUGGCUGACUUUGGCUUGGCGAGGGCCAAGUCCGUGCCCACUAAGACAUACUCUAAUGAGGUGGUGACGCUUUGGUAUCGGCCUCCGGACGUGCUGCUGGGCUCUUCUGAAUACUCCACGCAGAUAGACAUGUGGGGAGUGGGCUGCAUUUUCUAUGAGAUGGCUGCCGGCCGGCCCCUGUUCCCCGGCUCCACGGUGGAGGACGAGCUGCACCUCAUCUUCAGACUGUUAGGCACUCCCACAGAAGACAGCUGGCCUGGAAUCUCCUCCAUCGAUGAGUUCAGGUCCCACAAGUUCUCCAAGUACAAGCAGCAGCCUCUGAUCAAUCACGCACCCAGGCUGGAUAACGACGGAAUCGAACUGCUGACAUCUUUUCUAAAAUAUGAAUCAAAGAAGAGGAUCGCUGCUGAUGAAGCAAUGAGGCAGCCGUACUUCAGGACCCUGGGGCCGCGCGUGCACACGCUGCCAGAGAACAUGUCUAUAUUCACUCUGAAGGAGGUGCAGCUGCAGCGUGAUCCCGGCUACCGGAGCUCCUCGCAUGCAGAAUCAGGCAAUGGAAAGAACAGAAGACAAAGCAUGCUGUUUUAAAAACUCCAGACUGGACUGUUAUUUUAUUUUUUUCCGACAAGAAGGACCUUCUUGCAGACGGAUCAGUUUCUAGAGAUGGAUGGAUAUGUUGACGUUUUUUUAUCAGCCCCCCAGGCCGUUUCUAAAGAUACUGGGAAAACGUAGCUGUCCGCCGUAGGACUCGCCCUCCAUCUUUUCCCCCAGGGUUAGUCUGAAGCUGGCUCCAAUGAGAGACGUUUAUUUACUGUACAUUUAUAUUUAUUGAGAGAAGAAGUUGCUGCUAAAUCAAACUACUGUUUGGGUUUCUAACUGGCUCAGUCACUUUAAUGAAUACAUGCCAUGUGUAUAGAUUUUAAACUUCAUUUUUUUGAGUUUUGAAGUGGUUUAUAUUUUGUCUUUUAUUAGUUUUUUUUUCUAAUUGGCCACUGUUAACACAUUUGCUCCAGCUUUGGAGCGAUGUUUCUGUAGCAGCUCAGAGGUCAAUGUUCUGUUUUUUUGUUUGUUUUUUUUUUGUAAAAGAAGAGGUGCUGCCCAGAUCAUCCGUUUGAAGUUUUCUGAGGCGAGGUUUGACAUAACUGAACGCUUUCGUCCCGACUGGAAGAUGCUGCACCGAUGCUGCGGUCUCAAACAUGACCAAUGAAACGAAAGCAGGGAUAAAGGAAACAUUAAGAAGGGCAUUACUGGAAGAAAUCCUAGUGGAAACACCUUCAUGUUCUACUUCUUUCUAGGAGUUUCUUUUUUCUCCUUUGCCUCCAUCUUUGUGUUGCAUGCCUGCUCCGUCGUGUGAUGAAGCACACAGCUAGUGAUCUGUUACACCAGGGAGCACUAGCUGUAGUCCAUCCUCCCCCUCAGCUGUUCUGGUCUGUCACCGUUCAUCUACCAGUGUUACAACAGAUGUUUUCUAUGAUAAUCUUUAACUUUAUUGGUGAAUAACAGAUAACUGUGUGGGAUUUUGUUGCAGAUGUCACUCCCAUAUUUGAGUUUUUUUUUUUUUUCCAGAGUCAAAGAAAUUAAAUUCAAAGUUUAC